CUGGAAUUUAAUUUCUUAAAAAAUAAAAAAAUAAAAAAAAUUAGUCACUAGGUUGCCAAGUGCCAAUAAUGGUCAUAUUUGUAUGCGCUUUUUUUACACAUUUGUGUGCAUGUGUUUGGUGAAUGCUGUCCUCUUUGCAUUCUUUUCUUGAAAUUUCACUCAGAGGUCUCUUUGAGGCCUGUCACUGCAAAAUACAAGGUUGAGGUUGCAAAUUACCAGAAAUUGUUUUUGUUGUGUGAGAGAUGGGGAAUUAAAGCUUGCCGGGUGUUCUUUAAAUACUGAUUUUUGCAUCUUCAUAGUACAAAUUCGGCAUUCCUCAAAAUUCUACUAAGCCCAUCAACAAGAAUCUUUCCAAAAAUGCUUGUAAUCGAGAGUAAAGAAGGCGCAAUAGCAUGCAUGAUACUCUCUUUGCUUUUCUUGGGCACGUGGCCUGCCCUUUUAACUCUCUUAGAAAGGCGGGGCCGCUUACCUCAGCACACUUAUCUCGACUACACCAUCACGAAUCUAUUGGCUGCCCUCAUAAUCGCCUUCACAUUCGGCCAGAUUGGUAAAAACCCGAAUCAGAAGCCAAAUUUCAUCAAUCAGCUAUCUCAGGAUAAUUGGCCGAGUGUGAUUUUCGCGAUGAUUGGUGGGAUUUUUCUAAGUGUCGGGAAUUUAUCGACACAAUACGCUUGGGCUUUUGUUGGCUUGUCAGUAACAGAAGUCAUCACAUCAAGCAUAACAGUAGUCAUAGGAACAACUAUGAAUUAUUUCUUGGACGACAAAAUCAACAGGGCCGAGAUUUUAUUUCCUGGCGUUGCUUGCUUUCUUAUUGCUGUUUGUUUUGGCUCUGCCCUUCAUUCAUCCAGUGCUGCAGAUAAUAAAGCUAAGUUUGAUGGAAAAAACGGGACAAUGAAAAAAGAUGCUUAUAUCUCCCAAGAAAAUUUUGCAAACAAAGAUGUGGAGAAAGAGGGUGGCAGCAUUAAGGAAAAGGCGAGAUUCGGAACAGCAGAUUUUCUAGUCGAGCUCGAGAAUAAAAGGGCAAUUAAGGUUUUUGGGAAGAGCACUUUCAUUGGGCUGGGAAUCACUUUCUUUGCCGGGAUAUGUUUUUCUCUAUUUUCUCCGGCUUUCAAUCUUGCAACUAACGAUCAGUGGAGUACUUUAAGAGACAAAGUCCCACACUUGAGUGUGUACACUGCAUUUUUCUACUUCUCGGUUUCGUGCUUUGUGAUUGCUGUUAUUCUCAACAUAAGCUUCUUGUACCGCCCCGUUUUGGAUCUGCCAAAGUCCUCAAUCAAGGCUUAUCUGUUGGACUGGAAUGGUCGGGCCUGGGCCUUACUUGCUGGGCUUUUGUGUGGUUUUGGAAAUGGGCUUCAGUUCAUGGGUGGCCAGGCUGCUGGAUAUGCUGCAGCUGAUGCCGUUCAGGCAUUACCACUUGUGAGCACAUUUUGGGGCAUGUUAUUAUUCGGAGAGUACAGAAGGUCGUCAAGAAGGACGUAUAUAUUGCUCGUGGGCAUGUUGUUGAUGUUUAUAGCUGCAGUUAGUAUCCUCAUGGCCUCAUCAGGCCACCGUAAGUGAUCUUCGGUUUUCUUGAAGAAAACUCUUGAGAUAAGUCAACAGUUAGCUACUGUUGAGCUUGGGUAAAGCAAAAAUGAGCCUGCCUAGAAUUUGCUAACUUUAGGUGAUUGCAGAAAAAGAAAAUGUUACAGUGAGUUUGAAUCUGUGUAUAUUAUGUAGAAGUAAAUCUGCCCCAAUGCAUGCAGGGGCGAUAUUAUAAGUAUUUGAAUUACACUGAGUGUUAAUUCUAAAAAUAUUUACAAUUUUAAAAAUAAAAAGAAAAGAGAAUAAAAAGUAUUUAAGUUUUUAAACUGAAAGGAAAUUACGUCAUUGAUUAUAUUUAGAAUGACAAUUUUCAUUUGUUCG